AUGUCGAGACCAAGCGGUGUUUCUAUUGCAACUACGGUGACGCCUUAUCUCGCUUUCAAAGUGUCAAAGUGGACAAACUUGACGCCUACUGUAGAGGAGUAUACGACCUUGCUUCGGUGCCCAAAGAUUCAAGUCGACAAGGCUUAUUCUAGAGCUGCUGGGGCCCUUCCGUUAUUAAAGAAACUAAUGAACAUUACUGGGAUGAGUGAGCAGUGGGUUGCUGCCCGAAUCCAGCAGAAAGGCGAUAGUAAAUGCGUUCCUUGGAAAAGCUUGCGAAAUUUGGUGCUGGUACAUCCUGAUGUAAAGAAAAGGGUCGAUGUGUUAGCUUUAGGUAUCUACGAAUUAGUGGUCUUCCCCAAAGCAUUAGGACAUAUAGACGAGGCCGUUUCUGAUCUAUCUUUGAACGCAUGCCGGAGAGUUGGAGAGGGAAGGUUCAUUGGAUGUGCUCAGCUCUUACUAGCAUGGUUUCAUAGCCACUUCUGGAAAGUAGAAAAGAUCUCUUAUCGGGUAUUCUCUGAUAGCUACUCUCCUUUAGAAGAAUUGGUAACCACGCCAAGAAGGGAUGACGUUUCAGAAGAAAAGUGGAUGGCGAUACUCCAGAAUCUCCGAGAUGAAGAUAUUGAGUGGAGGGCUCCUUGGCUAAUUCCUGAUGAGAUUUUAUACAGGUGUGGAGAUUUUGACUGGGUUCCUCUGCUCGGAAUAUGGAGAGCUAUCGGAUAUGCUCCUCUGCUCGUAUCAAGACAAUUCAGAUCACGACAAUUUAUACCAGCAACACAAGGGUUGGCCUAUUGUGAAUUUUCCUAUAAGGAGGACAAUUACAAGAAAAGGGUUCGAGAAAUGUCUAAUACCUGGAACCAGACUCGCCGAAUGAAAAUAUUAACUGUAGGACCGGUGAUGACCCCCGAGUAUAGUCAGUGGCGUGAUCAAAGGGUCAACGAUAAUAUCCCAGCAUCAAGUCCAGAAACUGCUCGAUCUUUAGAAGAGCACCUACAAAUAUUGCCCUCAGAGAUAGAAAUCAUCAAACAAGAAUUUGAAAAGAGGAGUUUAGAGUUAGGGAAGAAGAUAGAGCAACUAGAGGAAGAAAAACUACGAUUAGAAAUUUGGAUGUGGACAUUCAAAGACCGGAGGCCGACAAAUUGA